UUUUUUUCCUGAAGUCACCAUGCGACCACACUCACGUAUCCUCCCUUGUUUGAUUUCUGGGCUUUGUUUGCUUCAGAACAUUAACUGUGGGAAUAUCUUGGUAUGGUACACGGAGGGGAGUCACUGGAUAAAUCUGAAACCAGUAUUGGACACACUGGUGGACAGAGGUCACCAUGUAACCGUUCUCCUCCCGAACGCCUCGAUCUUUAUGGACUUAAACGAGACCACUUCAUAUAACUACGAGAAUUUUAACGUUUCGCUGUCGACCUCCGAUCUAAAGAAUGCAAUGGAAAGGUUCUUUCGUUUUUCGAUGUAUGAGAUGGAUCACAUGAAUUCCAUUGAAAUCUUCUUCAAGUUUUUCGAAAUCAUCUCGAAACAUUUGGAUAUGGUCCUCGUGUACUGUGACGGACUGCUUCACUCAGAACCAGUCCUCGACAGACUGAGGAAAGGAAAAUACGAUGUUAUAUUCGUAGAUCCAGUUUAUCCCUGCAGCGAACUGAUAGCUGAAAUGUUGGACAUUCCCCUUGUUUAUACUCUACGGAUCUCCAUGGCUAAUGCCAUGGAGAGACUUUGUGGCCAGACUCCUGCUCCCCCUUCCUACGUCCCCGGUGCAAUGAGCAAACUGACAGACAACAUGACUUUCUCCGACAGAAUCAAAAACUUUCUGUUCUACAUGUCUCAGGACGCUAUGUCGCUGUAUAUGUGGAGAAGGUUUGAUAAAUACUACAGUGACUAUUUAGGUCGACCUACGACGUUUUGUGAGAUGAUGGGAAAGGCUGAUAUCUGGCUGAUCCGAACCUACUGGGACUUUGAGUAUCCCCGUCCGUUCCUGCCUAACUUUAAAUAUGUUGGUGGUAUUCACUGUAGACCUGCUAAGCCGUUACCAAAGGAUAUGGAGGAGUUUGUGGAGAGCUCAGGAGAUGAUGGUGUUGUGGUGUUCACUCUGGGCUCCAUGAUUAAGAACAUGACCAAAGAGAGAGCAAACACGAUCGCUUCUGCUUUGGGUCAGAUACCACAGAAGGUUCUGUGGAGGUACAGUGGUGAAAAGCCAGAGACUCUGGCUCCAAACACAAGACUGUACGACUGGAUGCCCCAGAAUGAUCUACUGGGUCAUCCAAAGACCAAAGCCUUUAUCACUCAUGGUGGAACCAAUGGAAUCUAUGAGGCCAUAUACCAUGGAGUUCCUAUGGUGGGAAUCCCCAUGUUCGGUGAUCAGUCAGACAACAUGGUCCAUAUGAAGUCUAAAGGAGCUGCAGUCAUCAUGGACUUUAACAGCAUGGAGACCAAAGACCUGGUGGACGGGCUCAAAGCUGUAAUCAAUGACCCAUCGUAUAAGGAGAAUGCCAUGAGGUUGUCCAGAAUCCACCACGACAGACCAGUACACCCACGGGAUGAGGCCGUGUUCUGGAUUGAAUUUGUGAUGCGCCACAAGGGGGCCAAGCACCUGAGGGUGCAGGCCCAUAACCUGACCUGGUAUCAGUACCACAGUCUGGAUGUGUUUGCUUUCCUAUUGGCCAUAAUUGCUCUAGUUCUCUUCAUAUUCUAUAAAAUACUGAAGUCCUGUGUUGUGAGGUGCUGUUUUAGAUCCAGAUCUAAGAAAAAGAAAGAGUGAAUCACAGAAUCUACACUGAAAUUUUAACCCGUUUAAUUUGUUAAAUUUUAGGCCGGUCUUUGCUUCAUGUUCUCAUCUCCUGGACCACGACUAAUCCUGGAUUAAAAUGAAAAUGAAAUGGUAAUAUAAAUAUAAUGAAUAUUCAACAUUUUGUCCAGCUCUUAAUGAAUAAUGUGUUGAGGAAAUCGUUAUUUGACUGAAAUUCAUUAACCACUUAAUCAGCUGAUUAAAACCUGAUAAGCACGUGCAUCUUCAGUCCAUGUUGGAGAAGAUGACAACCUGCCAAGAACAUGUACUGUAAAAUAUAAUGGAGUGAGGUUGGUUUUGAAGAAGAUGGCGAUUCAAAAUAAAUGAAACAAUGGUUUUGA